CAAAAACGACACUUCGCACUGGCCCAUAGGACAAGAACACAUCAACCGAUAGUCUGGUCACCUCCCCCCGCAUCUCCCCUUCCUUCUCGUGAUAGCGUCGGAAUAAAAAAGUACCCCCUUGCUUUUUCCCACGCUCCUCAAACGCUUGCCCCAUUGUGCUAGCAGCCUGUUUGGUCUAUACGACUUACCAAAUCGGAAAACUGCUGCAGGUGGGCACCCUGCCACCACGCGAUCCAUCACCACCAUCGCAGUCUUACUAUUCUUAUCUUGCCGUUGGCCUGCGUAAUGGAGUCUUCUUUAAUCCUUCUAUCUGCCAAUAUCCGCAUUUUGGAUACAGAGCUUGCUCUGAUACACAUUCCAUUGCGCCUGUACCAUACCUUUCUUCAGUCCAUCCUCCAGCUAGUGUUGCCUAAUGCAACUCGCGAUGGCUUUGACAGUAGCUCGGGUGCUGUACAGCCUUUGAACAGCUGGCCCUUCGAGCAUCCUUUCGUAAACAUUUCAAUCACCCCGGUCGAGUGUUCUAUUGUGUGCUCGAGGGCGCUUGCCAAUGAACUGUUCGUACCUGUCCUUGCUCUUCUCGAUGCCGAGUCCCGAGAAUCUGUAAACAUUACUCAAGACGACUUUGUCGUCAUGCAAGUCGACGGCGAAGGACUGGAUGCUGGCCAACGUGUCCUCGAACUGACGAGUCCUCUUGCCCUUGCGGGCAUACCCAUCUUCUUCAUCACAACCUACUUCUCCGACUACAUUCUCGUGCCCCUUCGACACCGCUCCCAAGUCGUACAAGCACUCGAAGAGCGCGGGUUUCAAUUUGAAAAAGACACUUUGUCGUACGUCAACUCCUUCCAACCUGGUCGCAAGCAUUCGGCCGCUUCUUUGGAAGUCCAACCCCCAAGGAGCCCGCCCCCAACUACCAUCUCCGAACUGCAAACAAAGACUUUUGCUACCCUAAAGCGCCGCAACAUCGUGCCGACGGUAGACUCUAGCAUCCGCCUAGUGCAGUGCGCGGGCCGUCGAGAUGGCAUGAACCAAGCGCGCAACCGCAACAGCAGGACCACUGUUGCCGAUGACGCACUCCAUCUUGGCCUCGUAAAAUGUCUCAUUACACAGCCUUGUCCGAAAUUUUUAUCCCUCACGCUAACUGACACCGAAUCCGCCGCUCUGCUCGUGGAUCACACGCUACUACCGCACUUUGCUCAAGAUACUUUGCUGGGCUCGAGGGACGAGUUCCUUACCCCUAUUACACUUGAUCUGAGGGAAUUGCCCAUGGAGAGUACGGGUAUCGUGUGCGGCGUGGCGGGUCGGCUGGUGGGCGAGACGACGAGUCAACUGCAGGAUCCUGUUGAAAUGAGCUAUUUAAGCACAGCGCGGGCAGGUACAGUCAUGGUUGCAGAGGAAGAAUUGCAACGGGCGCUAGGUGCUUUGCGAGGUGCAGAAAACGGUGUGGCAGCUGCGAAUGAGUAAUGGAUUGGACAGAGCCGUGCUCAUGUGGAGCGAUUGGUACUUUAUGAUUGUACGCAUUAUUGUAGCCUGGGUGGAGUUUUUCUUGGAUGCGCAUGCAUUGGCUGACUGGCCGCAAAAAUGGUGUGGGGUUGUUCUCUUUUUCUGCAUCUACUCUCGGUAGCAAGUCGACAUGAUGGUGGGAGUGUUUUUUAUGUUUUGUUUCUCUCUUCAUUUAUCACAAUCCAACGGUAAUGUACUGAUUCCAAGUUCUCUGCUUACCGUCUUCGAGAUGC